UUUACACGAUAUCAAACAUGGCGCUUUCUUUGAAUUCAUCCACAUGAGAUUUUCAAAUUGUUCGUUGAUUUUUGUUAAAGCAGCCUAUUUCUAAAUACUUGAAGCAUGUUAUCCAGCAACGGGUUAACAAUAGACCAGUGGUUCUAUUAUGAGGUGCAUCGUUGGCGAUGUGGUGCCAGUAUUUGGUGGUCUUCUGUCAUAGCAAUCAUGGUCUCACUAGCUUAUAUUGUUAUAACAUAUUUUCUUCAGCUGUCAGAUUACUUUGGAGCCUAUUUCACUCUAAGAGCUCUCUGUUUUACUAUACUUGCUGUCUCUCUGCAUGCCAUAUUGGCUGUCUAUAAUUCACUUCACUAUACAGUGGUUCCUCAGAUAUCAACAACCAGGCUUAGUAAUGUCUUGGAGUUCUUUCGCAUCCAAUAUAUUCUCCAGGGAUUUAUCUACACCAUUUCCAGUAUGCUCAUCACAGUAUUUGCUUCAUGGAUAAUGAAGGACUCUUUCUCCACACUGGCUGUUCCCUGUUCAGAAGAUAGCCCUGCCAUCUACCUGAAUGACAACAAACUUUUCUUGCUGACUGCAGCCAUUUAUCAUGGAUUGUUGUUCCAUCUAAGGUUUUAUAGAAAUCAGUACAACUAUACACCUUUCAAAAUUAUACAGCAAGCCAAGUUCUUUCAAGUUAAAAGUCAACUAGUUCCAGUAUUAUUUGAAUCUGCUGCUCAAAUUUUCAAACAGCUGCUAGGUUUUUAUCUGAUAUUCUACUUUCUUGGACAUCUUCCCCGAGACUUAACUGCUCAUCUCUGUCGCCUCUCAAUCUGCCCAGAAACAAGUUUGUCCAGUGUUCAGAGUCUUCUUCAACCAGAGUUGUUCUUGCAGUCAUUUUUCCUUGGAACCUACAUGUAUUUCAUCUGGCAUUUAGCUGCUGUUUUACUAAGGACAUAUUUAACUGAGAGUUAUGAAUUUCGUAUAGAGCCUGGUUUAGAUCAUCUAUCAGAUAAAUGUUUGCACAAUGCUCUUAGCUGUAAGAGCAACCCUUGGAUUCAGUACCUCGGCUUUCUAGAUCUCUUCCAACUGUCCAGAUUCUCCUUCAAUAGACGUCAGGUUCUUUUCAGUGCGACUUUUCCAGGGUGCCACCCUAAAAACUGGAGCCAAAUCUAUCAUAUAUGUUUAGAGAACCUACGUCAACUCAAGGAUGCUACCCAAGAAUUUAACCACAAUGCAUUUGUGCAGGCAGCCAUUCCACAGCAAAACACACCUAAUUGGUUGCACAACUCAAGCCUAUCUGCAAGUCGCUACCUCAAGCCAACAUCUUUGGGCCACAUGAGUCUUAAUGAAUCAGUAACUGGUACAUCUCUCCGUGAAGAAAGACCUAUAAAAGUCAGCUUACAAACUAAGAUUUUAGAGGUGUUGAAAAAGAAGCCAGUGUUCGGUUAUUUUCUACGAGAACUACCAGAUGCUGCACCUCGGAAAUUAUUCUCCUCAGUUCAAAUCCAUAUCUGGGCAGUAGAAGCUUUAUCCCGAUUGGUAGCGGCUUCCUACGCUGAAGAUACACUUGGUAUUGUACAGCAGAACUUACCAGAGAUACUUAACGUUUUGGUCUCACUCUAUGAGAACGUGGAAAGACAUUUCAAACUGACAUCAACUCUUGGACGUCGGAGCCUUACUGGUGUCAACUGUUCCCAUGACUUGGCUCUGCGACAUGCCUUCCGUUCUGCUUUGAAGUCUGCCAUAUACCGAAUUGUUGACACAUUUGGAAAAUGUGUCAUAGAUUUCCGGCUUAGUCUCGAAACCCAAAGACGCCUCAAGUUAUUUCUAGAAUACAAAGAAUGAAAGACUGAGUAAUUCAUACCUUGGAAUCGGAAUUGAGUUUCAUCAACAUUCUCAGUGAAACAGCUACCAGGAGAUUUUUAACAGUACCAAGUAACUGCUAUCAACUCGCUGCUCAAUAUCCAAACAUACAGAUAUAUUUAUAUAUAACUGGAAAGUUACUUUUUCAAAAAAUCAACUUUUCUGUACUCAGAGGAGUCACAUGAUAUCAGUUAUAUAUAUUGAGGAUGUUGAUUCCAAACAUUAACUAAAGCCAGAAUGGUUCAACUUUCAUCACAGAAUUAUUGUCUUCAUUAACAAGAAUUUUGUUACACCUGAAGAAGACAAUAUGGCAGUCUUCUACCAGAUAAUAUAACAAUGUUGAGCUUCCCUCUGUUAUUGAUAUUCAGCUGAUCUUUCUGAUGACAGUUUCUGACAAGCUUAUUUGAUCUCUAAUUCUAACAGAUAUUACUACUUCUUUUGUAUAUUAAUUUCUCUUUUUUUUUUCUGUCCAGGACCAUUUCUUAGCUUUGGAAAAAUUGUAUCUGGAUAACAAAAACCCACUAAUCUUCACAUUGUACUGUGGUGGAGACUACCCCAGUAAUUUGGAGUAUAUCCAGAAACAAGGUUGCCCCAAUACACUUAACUGAUCUCUUUGCCUUGUUUGGCAUGACAGCUCAGUAACACUGGCUAUUCCAUCUCUGGGGGUGCUUAAAUUCAUAGAACAAGCCAACCUUGGUAUAAAAUAUUAAUAUUUUUUUGUUCAAUUGUGUUGUUGUUUCUCUUUUCAUUCUUUCCCUAUUAACAUUCCUCAAAUAUUGAAUAUCUAUAUUUGUUUUUUGUCUUGAAGCUGUACUGUUGCUUGUGCUGCUACUAUGACACCCACUACCACCAGCCCUACCUGUGUCAAAAUUCCUUCAUAGGCUUAGAACUGCAGUGCAUACUGUACACUUCUGCUGUUAGCUAAUGAAGGAAUUUCUUAUAGUUACUUAAACAGCUAGAAAUAGUAGGUAAAUCUACU